UUUUUGUUUCAUGGGGUUGUCCUGUUUUAUUGUGCUUCGGUACUGAAAUUGUUUCAUCCUUUUGCUAGCCUUGUUGCAUUUCUGUGUUUUGUUUUGACUUUUAAUGUUGUGAAUGUGAAACGUUACUGUUUGUUUGAGGUUGAUGAAAAGUUUUGUUCUUUCGAGUUGUUCAAAAAGGUGGCAGAAAAGGGUUUUUAGGAAAAGGUUUAAUUUUGAUUGGGAUGUAAUGGUUUUUGAUGUCUCUGUGAUGUGACCAUAGUUAUAGAUGAUGGCCCAUAUGUUUUUCUAUGUCUCUAUGAUACUAAGGUAUCAGGGUUUUAAAUAGCGGUCACGUCACAAUCUAUGAUAUUGUGGAGAAUCACGCUCAAAUGUGGCGUAAUUUUUUAUAUUAAGGAGAAUUAUGCUCAAAUGUGGCUUCAAUUGUGGCCGAAUUGCGAGUUAGCCAAGAAAAGCUGUUAUAUUGCAGCCCCAAUUGGUCUUGAUUCAGUGUUUUUAGGAGGAAACAUGAUGUUUUAAGCCUAUGAUCCACUCGACCCGAACGGAAACAUCACGGUGAAAUGGGAUAUUAUAAACUGGACACCUGAUGGUUAUGUUGCCGUCGUUACAAUGAACAAUUUCCAACAGUAUCGUCAUAUAUCGGCACCUGGAUGGACAUUAGGGUGGACAUGGGCAAAGACGGAGGUGAUAUGGAACAUGGUGGGAGGGCAGACAACUGAACAAGGAGAUUGUUCAAAAUUUAAGGGAAACAUCCCGCAUUGCUGUAAAAAAAAUCCAGCUGUGGUAGAUUUACUUCCCGGAGUGAAUUAUAAUCAACAAAUUGCCAAUUGUUGCAAAGGUGGUGUACUCACCUCAUGGGCUCAGGAUCCAGCAAACGCUGUUUCGGCAUUUCAACUCAGCGUUGGUAGAGCUGGCAGCACUAAAAAAACCGUCAGAUUGCCGCAGAAUUUCACCUUGAGUACACCCGGACCAGGAUAUACAUGCGGGCCAGCGAAAAUUGUGAAACCUACUAGAUUCAUAACACCGGACAAAAAGAGAGUGACUCAAGCACUUAUGACAUGGAAUGUGACAUGCACAUAUUCACAGUUUCUUGCUCAGAAAACUCCCACUUGUUGUGUCGCACUUUCAUCUUUCUAUAACGAUACUAUUGUACCGUGCCCGACAUGUUCGUGCGGCUGCCAAGGGAACUCAGCCCAAACGGGAAGCUGCGUAGAUCCAAGUGCGUCACAUUUGGCCUCGGUUGUUUCCAGCCACGACAAGAAUAAUAUUACACCUUUGGUUCGAUGUACUAGUCAUAUGUGUCCGAUCCGAGUUCACUGGCACAUUAAGCUCAACUACAAGCUGUAUUGGCGCGUAAAGGUCACCAUUACUAAUUUCAAUUACAGGAUGAAUCACUCGAAUUGGAACUUGGUUGUUCAGCAUCCAAACUUCGACAAUCUUACUCAAAUUUUCAGUUUCAACUACAAAUCAUUAAAUCCCUACGGCUCAAUAAAUGAUACAGCCUUGCUUUAUGGAGUUAAAUUCUACAAUGAUUUCCUCAUGCAAGCUGGUCCAAUCGGUAAUGUACAAUCCGAGCUACUUUUCCAAAAGAAUACAUCAACUUUUACUUUCGAAAAAGGUUGGGCGUUUCCUCGGAGAAUCUAUUUCAACGGCGACAACUGUGUAAUGCCACCGCCUGACGCUUAUCCAUGGUUACCUAAUGCCGGUUCUAAACAAGAGGUUUCCUUCCUUGCUUUGAUAAUGUCAUCCUUGGUGGCAAUAGUACUUCACGCAUAUUCUUAAAGUUUGCAUUCGGAUCAGUUUUGACUCGUUUUUGGGAUGCCAUUUCGGAAUUCAAACCAAGCCGGAGUAUAACAUCCAUUGACAAUUCAAGAAUUUGAUAUUUUUAGCUACUUAUGUGUGUUCUAACUUCUAAAGUAAUGAUGUAUUUUUCGGUUUUAUAUCCUUGGUGUAUUUUGUGCUGUAAUUAUAAGAAAUAUACACAAGAACACAAACAGAAUAUCAUCUUCGAAGUUAAAUAUUGAUUUGAAUAUUCAAAGAA